GCGAACCUACAGGCAGUCAGCUCAAUGGUACAGGCUGGGCCGUUCAAGGAGGGAGGAAAGACGGCGUCUUCUCUUGUGCUGAAGCUGCAGAAAACGAACUUCCAUUGCCAACAUUCAACGUUUCUCAGCUCAUCUGAGUCUUUUGCCAUGAGGGGACUAUCCAAGAAGCAGAUGGUCAUUCUCUCAGGAUCUCACACGGUAUGAGUCGCGCAUUGCGACAAAUUCAUCGAGCGCCUCUACAACUUCAGUGCAACUCAUUUCACGAUCCUUCGAUCAAUGCUUCUUACGCGCAGCAGUUGAAGAAUGACUGCUCGCAGGCAACCUUCAACACCACUCUCGAGAUCUUCAUGGACACCAUCACGCCCGGUGAAUUCGAUGCCAAUUAUUACAAGGUGCUUUCAGAGCACAAAGGACUGUUCACGUCCGAUCAGUCUCUGUUCGACGAUAGGCGCACUAGAAACUUGGUGAAAAAGCUGAAGAGCGAGCGUCGGUUCGACCAUCAAUUCGGCAAAGCUAUGCGCGCAAUGGGUGCUGUGGGAGUGAGAGCGGAAGGCCAGGAUCGCAGAAACUGCCGCACAGUGAACCCAUGGUGAGGUCGGGAAAUAGAGGAUGUACAUUCUGAUGGCAGCUAGCCAGGCGUGCAUGUGAAUAAUUCUUCGCAGCUUGAAGAAGCUGCUUUAGAGUGCAAGUUUUCUGUUCGAGGCCGAUUUUUGGAACCGAAAGAUUCGAUUCCAACAAAGUUGUACACAGCCAAUAAUAACCGG